CCUCACCUGUGACAGGAUUUCUCUAUCUUUGGGGGGCGGAUUAAAACAAUGAAGAUGUCUCCCCCGGAUCGAAGGAAAAGCAUACGUGACCUGGCGCUGGAGAUUGGCAUUCGAGUUCUGCUCUUCGGAGUUUUCGUCUUCACGGAGUUCCUGGAGCCCUUCGAGAGGGUUAUUCAGCCAGAGGAGAUGUGGCUAUACAAGAACCCGCUGGUGGAAUCUGACCACAUUCCCAAGAGGGUCAUGUUCGCCAUUUCGUUUCUCACUCCGCUGGCUGUGAUAUUCGUGGUGAAGAUCAUACGUCGAACCGACAAGACCGAAAUCAAAGAGGCGUGUCUCGCCGUCUCCCUGGCCCUGGCUUUGAACGGAGUCUUCACCAAUACUAUCAAGUUGAUAGUGGGCAGGCCGAGGCCAGACUACUUCCAUCGCUGUUUCCCAGACGGACAGUUCAACACGAAGAUGCUUUGCACGGGCGAGCCGGACCUGGUGGCUGAGGGCCGCAAGAGUUUUCCCAGCAGCCACUCCUCCUUUGCGUUCUCUGGUCUGGGCUUCACCUCGUUCUACCUGGCGGGGAAGCUGCAGUGCUUCACGGACAGCGGGCGCGGCCGCAGCUGGCGGCUGUGUGCCAUGGUGCUUCCCCUGUACAGCGCCAUGAUGAUCGCCCUCUCCCGCACCUGCGACUACAAGCACCACUGGCAAGACGCCUUAGUCGGGGGAGUGAUCGGCCUGGCCUUCGCCUACGUCUGCUACCGGCAGCACUACCCCCCCUUCUUGCACAUAGACUGCCACCUGCCUUACGCCAGCCUGGCGGCCGCGCCCAGCACCGCCCACGAGAAGCCCCAGCCCACGGACAACGCCACCGGCCUCCCCAUGGAGGGCCUGACAGAGGGGCCCGUAUGA